UGCGCAGUGGGCGUGGUCUCGCCUCUCGCGGCUCAACUGCGCUUGUUUCCAAGGGAGUUGCUGAGGCCAUGGGACGUCGGGAGGUCCUGAAGCUUUUCAGAUCAUUGCACAGGACAAGACAAAAUGUUUUCAAAAAUGAUCAAAGAGCCCUAGAAGCUGCAAGACUUAAGAUAAAUGAAGAAUUCAAAAGUAAUAAAGAUGAGACUUCUUCUGAAAAAAUAGCUGAGCUUAUGAAAAUAGGUUCAGAUGUAGACGCUAUACUCAGAACUUCUGUCAUUCAGGGUGUUCAUACAGACUCCAACAACUUGUUGCUGAUACCAAGAAAAGAGCUGCUACUAGACAAUAUUCCAUUCUGCGACACACCAACACAAAAGUCAUGAAUUUGAUGGAAUUCAGUUCAUUAACAUCAUGUGAUUUUAUUUCUUGUAAAGACCUGUUUCCUGUAACAUCACUAAACAAAAUCAUUUAAAACAUUUUUUUUUGCAUUUGUGAUUAGGCUAAAUGCAGAAAAUAUUGAAUAUUAUUGAUGGGCACAAGAAAGCUAUUCUGGUUUAUUCUUCUCUGGAUGGAUUUUGGAGAAUGCUUUUUGAACUAGUCAAAAAAUUAUGAAGCUGUUUAAUAACAUUAAUUUAUUGAUAUGAAAAAAUUGCUUUUGCACAUGCAGUACAAAUCUGCAGUGUUGAUUCCCCCUGCCUUCCAAAACUGUAGGCCUCUAUUGAGAAUAUUUACUUCAGAAUGUAAAGUUUAUAUUUGGGGGGGGUUUGAAUGUUAUAACUGAGAGCUAAACUACACAAGACACCUGGCACGUGUUCUUCACAUGUCAGGUUCCUGCAAGUUUACCUGGGAAGUGUGGUCAGGCCCCACCCCCGAGCUCCUGGAGGAAAACCUGAGUGGAGCGCAUUUUUGCAAGAGACACUCUGUGUUGCAAGGGACAUUAUGUCUCUUGCAAAAAUACGCUCUGCUGAGAUUUUCCUCUGGAGCUCGGGAGUGGGAUGGGGGCACGUUAGAGCAGCAGCAGCAGCAAGGCCAGAAGGAUGGGAGGGAAAGGGUCAGUGAGGGGAGCCUGAAGAGAGCCAAGCCCAAAGCUGACAGGUGGCUAACAGCAGCAGAAGGAGCUGCUGAGGCUGCUGCCACCGCUGCCGUAGCUACUGAACUCAACCAUCCCUUUCCACAGAGCUCCAACAGAGGUUGGAAUUCUGGGAAGCAGCAGCACCUCAUUGCCUAGUACAUUGAGUACAAAUAAAACAAAACAUGUUGUAAAAUAGUAAAUGUGUAACCAGUUUGCAUUCUUUCACUCCAGCUACAAAAUUUGGGCCCAUACUUUUGCCGGGAAGGAGAGGGAAAUGUGAGGAUUCUGCGAUUCAUGAAAUUUCCCUGGCUGCAAAUGCAUGCAAUUCCCUGGGGUAGGGGCUUGAGUUCAGCUUGUCUCCAGGAAGGCAAAAGGCUCGUUCCUGCAGUGCUUUGCAGGCUCCUCUCAGGGAGCAACCCACUUUCAAAGAACUGCUGUGGAGCACCGUGCUUUGCCAUUGCCACCGUCAUGUUGAAAUCAAGCUGAAAAGGCAGGCAAGGAUCGGCGCGCUUGGUGAUAACUGCAGCUUGCCCCAUCAAAGAUUGGCCAGCUAAAGGGCCCUGCUGGCAAAGAGCUGCACCUGGUCCUUGCCUGACACCCAGCCUUGUCUGGCUUCCUUUGCCCCCUCCCACCUGCAGCCCAGCCCACCCGACGGGGGGGUCUUUGAUUCUGGGUGCCCCCUGCCCUCCUGACAGCGCAGUGGCUUCAAUUAUGCCCUGAAAGACAGCCAGGCCUCUACUCUCUACUCUCAACAAAAGCUUAAGUUACAGGAAAAGGGGUGAGCGAGCGAAGGAAAGAAGUGUGGCGAGAAAGAGAGAGGCCGGGGGGCAGGUGGAGACUGGGAAGAAAACCCCGUGGGGAGGGGGAGAAGGGCAGCAAGAAAGCAGGCAGAAGGGGAGCUAUGUAGGAAGGGAUGGUUGAGUUUAGCAGCGGCAGCAGCCUCAGUAAUUCCUUCUGCCGCUCUAGCCACGUUCACCUUUGGGCUUGGUUCUCUUUGGGCUCCUCUCGCUGACUCUCCCUUCUGGCCCUGCUGCUGCUGCUCUAUCCCUGAGCUCCCAGAGGAAAACCCGAGCCGAGUGGAUUUUUUUCCGGGAGCUUGGGGGUGGGGCCUCAUUACACUUCCCAGGUAAACUUGCAGGAACCCAACACUUGAAGAACAUGUGCCGAGUGUCUCGUGUAAUUUAGCUCAAGAGUUUAAGAUACUGGGGAAAGAUGGCUCAAAAAUCCUGAGAUUGUUUGAUUAAUAUCAGGUUUAUGAAGAUUGUUUUAAACAUCUAUGUUUAAGAAAAGGAUUGUUGUUACUGUUGUCAAAAGUAAAUAAGACAGCUUUUUUUCUCUCCCCCCAACAUCUUUGAAGCUAAAUUUCAGGAAAGAACUAUAUAUUAAAUGCAAUUCCAUGAUCCUUCUUUAAGACUUUUUCUUCUUGUAGAGUGUAGCUGCUGAAGAUGUUGUAUGAAUCAGAAGAUUGAUCUUCACCCAAAAACUAUUUUUAAUGGGGAAAAUAUACAAAUGAUCAUAUAUUUUCCUUUUAGGACAAAAAACAGCCAGGGAGAGGGAUGAAUUUCAGUGAGAACAAAUCAAUGUAAGGAGAAAGCACGUCCCACCCCCCAACCUUAUAUCAGUCUUUUCAUUCAAACUGUAGUCUCAGCAGGUAAACUCACGAAAUUGCCUUGUAUUGAGUCAGACUGUUGAUCUGUCAAACUUGUCUCUCCAAGAUCAUCAAUUUAACUGGAGGUGUCACAGAUUGAACCUGGGACUGCAGCAUGCCAAGCCGAUGUUCUUACCCCUGAACUGCUGCCCCAUCUCAUUUAAGAAAAGAACUUCAGGACUACCUGUAAUAUGUGAUACUGUUCUUAGGCUUUUUAGAUGAUCAUUUUUCUUUAGCUAUAGCAGCAGCCAUAACUGUGACAACUGUACAGACCUAAUGAAUAGGAACAAAGGACUCACAAAGCAGCGAGAAAACCCCUUUCUCCUAAUAUUCCUCAAUGAAUUUGUGGAAUUGACAUGACCUGAUCUCAUUAAAUAUAGGGUCUAUUCAAUGUUAUUCCUAAGAACAUUUUUAAACAUAACAUUUUUAGAAUACGGUAUUCGUAAAAUACAAGAGCACAAAAGUCACAUGUUCCAUGCAAGAAAUAGAUGUUUUUAAAUCACAUUAUUUAAAAUGGCAGGACACUGCAAGUAGCCCUGAGCUAAUUUCCCUUUUUAAAAGGCUUUAUGAUGCGUAAUGUAUACAGAUCCAUAUUUAUGAUUACAGCCUUCCAAAAGGACAGUGGCCAAAGCACAGGAAAAGGAAAACUUACAAUGAAUCCAACCUAACACAAUUUAGAAUCAAUUUGAAGGCAUGUUCUGUAGUGGGGAUGGCAAAAAAAAUUACACGUUUCCACCAUCAUUGCAUCAGUUCACUCUCAUCUUGUUGAGCUAUUUACAGUUAAAUCGUAAGCAGAAUACUCCAGUCUAAGCCCAUUGAAAUCCAUGGGCUGAGAACGGAGUAAGUCUGCUUAGGAUUUCACUGUUAGACUUGUAGGAAGGUUGAUACAUCUAGGCCACUCCAUGGUGGUGAGACUAAAAUUCUCGUGAUGGUUUUGUGGCAUUUGCAGUAUUUUCUAGAUAAAGUAUCCACACCAGUGCAGGCCCCCAUUUUAUUCUGUCAGGUUUUAUUGGACUAAUUUCACUUGCUGAUAGGAUUUGCAGUUUGGAUUCAGACAAAAUAAUGCCACAUUCAGAAUGCUUGGGAAUAAUUUCUGAAUCCAAAUUUUAUAGUUCCAAAUAUACAAAAUAAUUUCUAAUAUUUGGAGUCUCAUUAACUCCUAUGAGGAGCAAGCUUGGCUGUUUACAAGAUAAGGAAAGUGAAACCUAUUUCUCUGACAGCCUGGCCUGGUUGCUUGAGAAAGGCUGACCCUGGCAUCUUGGCAUCAAGGGUGGUGGGAGCAGCGGCCUUAGUGUCCCCUGAUUGAUGUUGCCAGGGUCUUGCCAAGGGGCGGUGGUGAUGGAAUGAGAACAGAACCUCUGAGUGAUGACUGUCAGCAUUUAUGAAAUCUUGAAGCAGGCACAGAUACCAGAAAAUAUUUUUACAUUGGGUCUUUCUUACUGAAAGAUGAGUAUAACUGCUUACAUAAGUUCCUUGAUGAUUUGCUCUGCAUUCUGUAACAGUCUUUUCCCACAUUUGAUUCCCUCUCUACCCCUCAGUGUAUACUGGGAAUAAAAUAGAUCUACUAGAUUGUAGAUUAAUACAA